AUGGGGCACUGCCGCAAGGCCAACACUGAGGAGAGGCUGAUGGACAGCCUCCUCAACACAACCCGCUACAACAAGCUGAUCCGCCCGGCUGCCCGCGCCUCUCAGCUCAUCUCCAUCCAGCUGCAGCUCUCCCUGGCCCAGCUCAUCAGCGUGAACGAGCGAGAACAGAUCAUGACCACCAACAUCUGGCUGAAACAGGAAUGGACCGACUACCGCUUGGCUUGGGACAGCUCCCGCUAUGAGGGUGUGAACAUCCUGAGGAUCCCUGCAAAGCGCAUCUGGCUACCUGACAUCGUGCUGUACAACAACGCCGACGGGACCUACGAGGUGUCGCUGUACACCAACGCGGUGGUGCGCUCCAACGGCAGCAUUAUGUGGCUGCCCCCCGCCAUCUACACGAGCGCCUGCAGGAUCCAGGUGAGGCACUUCCCCUUCGACCAGCAGAACUGCACCCUCAAGUUCCGCUCCUGGACCUACGACCACACGGAGAUCGACAUGGUCCUCAAGACGCCCUCGGCCAGCAUGGACGACUUCACGCCCAGCGGCGAGUGGGACAUCCUGGCCCUCCCGGGGCGGAGGACUGUGAACCCGCAGGACCCCAGCUACGUGGACGUGACUUACGACUUCAUCAUCAAGCGCAAGCCGCUCUUCUACACCAUCAACCUCAUCAUCCCCUGCGUGCUCAUCACCUCCCUGGCCAUCCUGGUCUUCUACCUGCCCUCGGACUGCGGCGAGAAGAUGACGCUGUGCAUCUCCGUGCUGCUGGCGCUCACCGUCUUCCUGCUGCUCAUCUCCAAGAUCGUGCCGCCCACCUCCCUGGACGUGCCGCUCAUCGGCAAGUACCUCAUGUUCACCAUGGUGCUCGUCACCUUCUCCAUCGUCACCAGCGUCUGCGUGCUCAACGUGCACCACCGCUCGCCCAGCACCCACACCAUGGCGCCCUGGGUCCAGCGCUGCUUCCUGCACACGCUGCCCACCUUCCUCUUCAUGAAGCGGCCCCACGGCAGCCCCACCAGGGCCCCGCAGCCCAGCCAGGUGCCCCUGACUGCUUCCGAGGGCCCCUCCUCGGCCGUGGGUCCCACUGGCGCCGCCCACCGCUACGGGAGCACCAUGUAUUUUGUAAACUCUUCCUCUGCCGCGCCCAAGUCUCCCUCCGGCUCCGACUCGGCGGGGGUCCCCAGGGAGUUCCGGCUGAGAUCCUCGGGGAGGUUCCGGCAGGAUGUGCAGGACGCCGUGGAGGGCGUCAGCUUCAUCGCCCAGCACAUGAAGAGUGACGAUCAGGACCAGAGCGUGAUCGAGGACUGGAAGUACGUGGCCAUGGUGGUCGACCGGCUGUUUCUAUGGGUGUUUGUGUUCAUGUGCGUGCUGGGCACCUUGGGGCUCUUCCUGCCCCCCCUCUUCCAGACCCACAUGCCCAUCGGAGGGCCCUAGGCUGCCAGUGUGUCCACAGGCCCCCUGGGGUGCAGUGAGAGGGUGUCGACGGCCAGCCAGGCAGUGGCUCUUUCCUUCUGGAUCAUCGCUGAUGAGAUCCUAAAUGAAUCCACGGCCAUUGGCUACUGGCCCCAUCAAACUGACCGUGACUGUGGGAGGGGUCAGGACUGUCCUCUCAGAAGGCCUUGGAGGGCCCCCAGGAAGUUCUGGCCGAGGAAGGGGGCUUCAGACUAUUUCAUCAAGCCUGCCUUCUCUGCUCUAGGCUCUGGGGAAAAAAAUGAACUUAAGGGCCACAACUACUAAAUGCUGGACUUCUUGUCCACACCCCAGUUGACCUCUCCAUCCGCCCCUCCCUCCACCUGACUUCAGCCAGGCUGGCCUUCCACUCAAAAUACUCCAGAACCCACCCCCCAAACCCCCAAACUCAGAGCAUCUGCUGUAUCUUCUACCCUGCAGCUCUUCCCACAGCUUUGUUACCCUGGGCUCUGCUCUAAAGCGCCUUCUCCCAGAGAACUUUCCUGAGUCAGGCAGCCACCCCUCGACUCCCUCCCUCACUCCCCAGAAGCUCUGGCUCCAUGGCAUGUGGGUGGUGUCUCACUCUCUAGACCUCUGAGUCAGUGAGAGCAGGGGCCUGGGCCCUCUUGUUCACAGUGGGACCCCCAGACCCCAGGAUGGAGUAGCGGCUCUGAUGAAUGGAUGCUGAUGAAGGAUGGCUCCUGUUCAUCCUUGCCGCUCAGAUAUCUUCUCUGAGCAGCUGUCCCUGGGUUGAAUUGUGUCCCCCCAAAAGAUAGAUUUAAGUCCUCAUCCCUAGAACCUCUGAUGCAAAAAGUCAAACUCACUGUCACCGAGUCAAUUC